UUGAAUUUCCAGAAUGAAACCAGCAAGAAGAAGAAGUUUCAUUACUGUUUAUGUUGUCUCUUACUGGUGGUCGAGUAAAACAUGUUAAUAAAAAUGUCGCCCAGCAGUUCAACUUUGGAAGAACAGCUUUCGUCCAUAAUGGACGUACUGGCGAAAGCGGCCGUAUCUGAAAUUAGCCAACUGUUCUCGGAAGGCUCGACUACCCUUCGCUUACAAAUAACUCAGAGCCUGAAAGAAAACGAAGCGCUGAGGACGAGGAUGAAAGUGAUGAGGAGUGAGCUGUUUUCUUUGCGGCUUCAAACGAGAUCAAAUGCAUCGCGUGCGGCAAGUCGUUUCGCCCUGGCUCGAGCCAACAUCUGCAAACCACGCACUAAACCACUGGGAAAUGAAUUGAAUGUAUUCUUCAUCAUCAUCAUCAUCAUCAUCUUCUUCAUCGUCAUCUUCAUCAUCAUCACCACCGUCAGGUUUAAAGCCCCAGUUGGACCACAAGGCGGUUGGAAAUUCCCCUUUUCUCGCACCAUCCAAAAGUGAGGCCUCAACCGUUACAACUCCACUAGAGCAGGAGACCCCAGACAUCAUUUUUAUCAAGGAUGAAGAGGAUAUGGGUGGAUGCAGGCCCGCUGUAGAAGACUGCGAUGCCUUUGGAGACUGCAGCCCGCAGCGUGGCGCUACCUCGGAGAGUCUGCAUGUGGACGCCCCUGGCUCCUCCCACUUGUCCAGUCACGGUGACCUGCGGAUCCUGAGCGUCCACGGACAAGGGGAGGGCCCACUGGCGGUGGACGCUAAUGACACCCUCUUUACCGUGUCCGAACUGGAGGCCCUGAGCUCGCUGUCCCCGGACCACAGCAUCACCCACGACAGCCUCCUCAGCUUCAACAGCGGCCCCAGCGAGAGGGCCCCUUCGCAGGGGACGCAGGACAGCAGGGGGGGUCCCGGUAGAGACGGCCAAGCAGAACGGCUCCAGCGCCUCCAGGCCGCCUCUCUGUCCCUGAAGCACGCCGCGCUAGAGGCCGGCGACAAGGGAAGGCGAUUGGGCAACCUCGGUGCACAGUUCCCACUGCAACACAACUUGGACUCUGAGCGGUUCUUCAGCCACAAGGAGCCCAUAGUGCCCCAAACGCUCGAGCCACCCUUCUCCUGUGCCUUUUGCGGCAGGUCGUUGGCCAACAAGGCCAAGCUUACCAUGCAUAUGCGCAUCCACACCGGUGAGAAGCCGUAUGGGUGCGUCCAGUGUGGGAAGCGCUUCACGCAGAGCGGCAGCCUAAAGAUCCACAUGAGGACUCACUCCGGGGAGAAGCCUUGCGUGUGUCUGCAGUGCAACGCCCGCUUCAGCGACCCCAGCAAUUUGCGUCGCCACAUGGUCAAGCACAUUGGCAAUGGGGUGCUUUGACACGGGGCAACGGGAUGCUUCGAUUAACUUCUCUAUCGUGUAUGUGAUGAAAGGCCUGCUUUAGGUUUAUUUCAUCACCUGAAAAAAGUGACCCUUUCAAACUUCAAAAAACGUUUUUUAUUGUUGUUUAUAAUCUAUGUCUGUGCAGUGUUUCCCUAGAAAAAAUUGGUGACGUCAUCAUGUGACCUGGAAGGUUUCAUUUUGACGUUUUUUUUACUUCUUUCGAUAUUUGCCAUCUGUGAAGCGUGCCGCUGCUGACUUAAAGUCGAAUGUAUCGAGAGUGUCUCUGCUGCUUGCAAUGCGCAUAGGCCUUGUGACUCUUCCUUCCCCAAGGAGGCUUCGCUGAGCAGUCAUUAUUAGAGCUUAGAUCGGACCCAGAAAAUUAAGCCCGACCCGGGGCCAAGCCCGUGCACGUUCUGUCCGAGCCCGUCCCGGCCCGACACAUUAACUAAUGAUGAGCCCGAGCCCGAUUUCAACCCGAAUUUUUUUUUAAUACAUGUGUAACUUUGUACACAUUUGUUACUUAGGCCUAC